AUGGAACUGGAGCCAACCCUUAGCACUCUCCUCCAGGCUGUCACAGCCCUCACAGCCACAGUUGGGUCCUUGCAGGACCAAAUCUGCUCCCAAAGCCAACAGCUCAUUGAGCUCAAGGCCAUAUGCAAGGAAACUGUGGACCUCCUUGGAGACAAGGACCAGGGAGGAACCCAAGUCCAAACCCAGCCUGGCCCAUUGACUGGGCCUAUCACCCCUCCUACUCAUACAGGAGGACAAGCCAACACUCCAAGAACAGCUAGGCCUGGACUUAGGGAUCCCUUCUGUCCCAUCAGAAGCACAAUUGGUUACAAUUCAGAGGAAGAACAACCAAGGGAAGAACCAAGGGGAAUCAAAAAGGAGCCUUGCGGAACAACUAGGGAUUUGAGGACCCUCACCCCCUUUAGCUCAGGUUUGGACACCAAGUGCCCCAAAAUGGAAUUACCAGAUCCAUUCAAAGGGGACAUACAGGGGCUUAAGGCAGUACAAUGGCUGGACUGCAUGCUGCUGUGGGGGGCCCUCCACAGGGACCAAUUCAAAGAGGACAAGCAGCUAAUUGUCUGGAUCCUCUAUCACAUGGAGGACAAAGCUGCCAAUUGGGUGCUCCCCAUCAUUGGGAACAUCAUCAAGGGAGAACCCAAUGCCCCUACAACCAUCCCUGCCAUGACCAGUUGGUUCAAAGAGGCCUUUGCCAAUCCUGACGCCAAAAGGGCUGCAGCACAAAAAAUUGCUUCCCUCACCCAGACUGUCAUGACCCAUGCCUUUGCUGGCAUGUCUCCUGACCAAGCCACCUACUAA